GGCCAGUCUAUCGUCAGUUGGGUGAGAGCCACCAGUGAAAGAGGUCCCUAUGCAGCGUUAUGUCGGUCUACGCCGCAAACUCGCGGCUGACCGGUAGUUUUCCGUUACAGACACACACUUCUGCACGGUCUCCACUGGCAGAGACCGGCGAUGCAGGUGAUAAUGGUGCGUAUAACAGUGGGAAAAGAGAAAUAAAUGGAGUCUGUGCGCGCGACCCUCUGGUCUCGACGAUAUGUAACGCAGGGAGGUCUAGUGGUCCACCUUGUAGUACGACAACUUGCAGUGCCAAAGCCUUUGAUACCAGUAGCCCUUCUUCGAGUGGUGCCAGUGAUUUCACAGUGAACAAAAGCAACCACGCGACUUGUAAUAGUUCUCAUAGUCAUCAUGUAAACCAGAGCAGUAGUAGUAAUAGUAGUCCUAGUAGCCAUGGCCCCAGUGAUAGCAAUGCCGCCGCCUCCUCCUCCUCCUCCUCCACCUCCCCCAAAUCGACAAAGGAUGCCAUGGGGAGUGACGGCGGCGGCGGCGGUGGCAGUAAUGGCUUCCACAGUGUUCGUAGUCAUAAUAUGAAUAAUUUAGGGGAAAGAUCCUCUCCUGCCAGUGCCCGAAGGACUGCCGGGGAGAGUUCCAGGGAGAGUCGAAUGGAUGCGAGCAACUUUCGCCUGAGACUAAGGAAAGGAAGCGGAGAAGGUGUCACCAAAAAGGGACCACUGGUGGCCAAACAUCCCUCCUCCGCGUCUUCUUCUUCCUCAGUCUCUCAGCCCACCAGUGCCAGCCAAGCCAAGGAGGUUCGAUCUCCUGUGGGGUCAGGUCCCCCUCCCCUCGGGUCCCAUCGGAGGAGAGGUGGGUCGCCCGACCCCCGGGCGUCGCUGGCUUCCAGCAGAACACGAAACCAGCCUCCGAGAGAUUCUCCCAGGUCGUCACCCAAGAAUUCCCCGAGGUCGUCACCCAAAUCGUCACCCGUUCGGCAACUCCACAGGGAGCGGUCUAUGAGCCCAGGCUCAAAGCGGUACAUCCCUCGAAGUGGUGUGGGCGUUUCCAGCCGAGUCCAUUCCUCAAGAGUGACCUCCACUCCCCCCUCCCCUCCCGUGAAGCGCACGACUCCGCCCACCUCCCCCAGGGUAAGGCGACAGCGGUCUCCCAGCGGGGGGGCAUCCGCCAGGAGGAAUCCGUCCCCAAAGGUCGGCGACAUCAUCUCAGCAGCCAAGACCCGCCCGAGACGGACUGCGUCUCCCGUCGCAGCGACCAGGGCGCCUUCCCGCCCGCCUUCGCCCACCGUCCUAGGAGCGGGAGGGUUCGGGUCCCACGCGGGUUCCUCCUCCUCUUCGUCCUCGUCCGCCCCCAGGCCUCCCUCGCCUAACACUGCAGGGGGAGGCCUGGGGGGUGCCAACACAGGUAGUGGCAACCAUAGGCCACCUUCACCAAAUACCCCAGGGGCAACCGGAGGCGGUGCCCUGGGAAGUUCCUCGAGUCAUCAUCAUCGUCGACCGCCUUCGCCCACAGCUUCGUCCGGCAGCGGCGCCGCUCGACCCCCGUCUCCCGGCGGGUCGAGACGUCCUCCCUCUCCCAGGGGAACGUCGCCGAGGGGGAGGGGCGCCUCGCCAGGAUCGCGCGGUCCGCCCAUCAGCGAGGAGAGCCUGGCGGCGAGGGUGAAGAGGGCGCUGAAGGCUCGCCUCUAUCUCCUUCACCAGCCUGGGCCGAACUCCUUCACCGUCGGGGGAGACUCGCCCACGCACAAGUACAAGGUCAUCAUAGGACCCCAGACGUGCUCCUGUGGUCAUGGUCCUUACUGUGUUCAUGUUCUGUUUGUGAUGGUGAGAGUUCUUCAAGUUCCUGAAGCCGAUCCUGUCCUGAUGGCAGGAUGUUUGAAAGAUUUUGAGAUUGAGCAGUUAAUGACUGCGUAUGAAGAGCGUCUAAAGAAGGCUGUGCGAGCCCGAGAGAGAAGGCAGAGUGGAAGUUCUGGUGUUGCAGGACCCCAGUCUUCAAGGGCAAAAGGUGGACGCUCAAGCCCUUCAACGCCAACGGGUCAACCGUCGUCAAGUUCAGACCCCACUAAUGGGGAUGAAGAUUCCUUGUGCCCUAUCUGCCUUAUGUGUAUGGUUGAGGGAGAGAGCCUGGUCAUGUGUGAGACAGGCUGCCACAAUUUCCUUCACGAGCACUGCAUGGCUGUUUGGGCUGAUGACCGAAAGGCCCAAGGGCAGCCUGUCCUGUGCCCCCUCUGCAGGUCACCAUGGCCUCUCAAGCACCACCCAAGACUUACACCAACUCUUGGGAGUACUUCUAUCACACGCUCUUCACAUGUUACUACCUCGAACACAUCUGCCAGAUCCCCACCCCUGGCACCUGACUAUGCUUUCCCUCUGAUGAGUGCAAGUUUCUCAGGCAUAUGCAGCAGUGGUCGUCAGAGCCCAACGUCGUUGGGUUUAAUGACGAGAUCGUUAACAUCAGCGUACCCCCAUACUCAUUCACCUUAUGCUGAUUCUGCUUAUUCAUCCCCUGGUGGGGGCCCAAAUUUUGGGAUUUUGGGGUCAGCCUAUCCACCCACUGUGAAAGGUGAAGUCUCAGCAGCCAUCGUAGCAAGUGCCUCAGAAGAAGCCGUUCCACUUCCCAGAAGUGAGCCCAUUCCAGCCGAACAUGAAUCUACUGCUGCUAGUUGGGUCAACGUGUUUGGCAAGGAACUCGUUGCCUGUCUGUUUUCACGUGACUGGGCUGUAAGGGAAACAGGCUUAAGAAGACUUGCACAUGAGGUGGUUAAAGUUUUACAUUGGGAUAGGUUGGUUACAGGUGAAGAGAAGAGACACCAAGUAAUUCAUUGUUGUGCUAAUAUUCUCGCCCAGGUGGCGAAUGACCCUGUUUACAAAGUGUACCUGGCUUGUUUGCGAUGUGUGCGAGUGCUGUUGUCACAUUUGAGUCCAUCAGGGGGAAGUGAAGUGACAGCACUUCAAGAAUUGUUCCGUCCACUAGUUCACACGUUACUUCUUAAGUGUGCCGAUGGUAACCGACGUACGUCACAGAUCAGCGUCGACUCCAUAUUGGAAUUAUGUCGAGGCCAAGAAGGUGAAUUGGCCUUGGGAACUCAGGUGACUCCAUCAUCAACACCUGGUCUGGGGGCCAUCUCUUAUGUUCUUUCCUGCAUUUUGGAUGAUACCCCACCUUCAGAGGCUCCAUGGCAAUGGCUUCUGGGGAGGCUGUGCGUCCUUGAUCGUCUCGUUGAUGAAUUUCCGUCAGAAUUUCAAAUGCAGUAUGUACCUUUGCAGCCAUCAGAAUCAGGAUAUAAAUUACAAAAUUAUGACCGCCUCAUGACUGUUGUUGAGUUUGCUUUCAAGGCACUUGGUAGCAGUCAUGCCACAGUGAGUAAAUUGGCUCGUCGUGUAUAUAUUUGUGGAGCUCGAUUUGCUGCAGCAGAACCUGCUGUGUUCCACCAAGUUUGUGAUAUGUUGGCAAAACUUGAUGUGUCGUUGCAGAUGCGGCUCAAACGGAGACUUCGGUCCAUGCAAGGUCAGCAUAGUGAUCGUAAAUCCUCCCUUGCAAGAAUAGAGGGAAAAUUGAGUCUUGGCACGUGGGAUCUCGGAGACACCACGGGUCCCAGAUUGGUUCGUUCUGUUUCACACUCUCCGUCUAGAAUGUUUUCUGCCCUUAGAUCGUCCUCACAAUCCCCGGCUCGUCAGCCAAUAUUGAGUUCUCCUACUAAAAAGGACAUUGAAAGGUCAUCUAAGGGACCCCCAACAGGCUCUGCAACAUCAUCCCCACCAAGACCUACACAUCUGCCACUGGAUAGUUUUGAAACAAAGUUUAAAGAAAAACAAGCAAAAUUACGACUUUACCAUAAAACUAAAACAAAACAGGAUGUGUCUUUCUUUGUACAAAACUUCAUUGAUUCUCCCAUGCAGCAGCACCAGAGACAUCAUCACUGGAGCCCCUUAAAAAUUGGAGGCUCUCUUAAUAGAGGUGGUCUCUCUCAAAGCCAUGGUGAUGCUUUAGACGUUUCUCCUCAGACACCUCUUAAAUCCAUUGCCCCUCCUCAGUUUUCCUUUAAAGAUGUAGUCAGCAGCCCUGCAACACCAACAGCACCUAAUUCUACUCCUGUUCGAGAAAGUGCACCACUGUUUGGGUAUAAUGAGCCUGGAUCCAAGCAGGUGGAAGAUCCUUGGACUGCUCAGGAAGCGCCACUGCCUGUUAUCCCGGGUCUUGAUCUUCUUCCAGCUCACCUUGAUGAUGCCUUACACCCUUAUGAGCAGAAUGUGGAGGGUGGACAGUACGAGGAAGGUCGGGAUUGGGUUAGAGGACCUCUGCUAGGAACUGGUGCCUUUUCUACUUGCUACCAAGCACGGGAUGUACGCACAGGAACACUUAUGGCUGUUAAACAAGUAUCUUUUUGUAGAAAUAGCGAGGAAGAACAAGGGAGGGUAGAGGCUUCUGUAGAAGAGGAGAUCUUGAUCAUGUCACGUCUUAGGCAUGCAAACAUUGUACGACUCUUGGGUGCUUGCAGGCACACAACAUCAUUUUCUGUAUUCACCGAAUGGAUGGCUGGGGGAUCUGUGGCCACUAUGUUGGACAAGUAUGGAAAAUUUUCAGAACAUGUUAUCUUGAAAUAUACCCGGCAGGUGUUAGCAGGAUUAGCAUACCUCCACGACAACAAAAUUCUGCACCGAGAUCUCAAAGGUGCAAAUUUGUUGGUGGAUAGUACUGGCCAGUGGCUUAGAAUUGCUGAUUUUGGUACAGCUGCAAAAAUGGCAAGCAAAUCUACUGUCACGGGAGAAUUUCAAGGACAGCUACUAGGUACUGUUGCCUUUAUGGCUCCAGAGGUUCUACGAGGUGAAGACUAUGGCCGUUCCUGUGAUGUCUGGAGUGUCGGUUGUUGUGUCAUUGAAAUGGCUACAACAAAACCUCCUUGGGAUGCAGACCAUGUCUCUAACCAGUUGAAGCUAAUGUACAAGAUUGCAUCAAGUGGUUCACCUCCACGUGUACCAGACACAUUGUCAGAUGCUGCCCGUGACUUGGCACUUAGUUGUCUAGAAAUCAAGAGUGAAAAGAGACCCCCAGCCAAGGAGUUACUUCAGCAUGCAUGUUUUGAUACAAAACCACCUUGAUCAACUCGCUCUGCCACAUAAGACUGCUGCUUGGUUUAUUUUGAAAGCUAUAAAAUAAUUCUUUCACUGUCAGUUUGAAUAUAAGAGAUUUUAAUUAUUUUUAUUUGGCAAAGCAAUCAGAAAUUCUUUUUGGGGUCCAAGUGAUUUUACUUUAAUUGGAACAGCAGCAGCAGACUUUCACCCUUGAAGUAAAUUGACAGUUUCAGAGCAAGAAAUUGGUUUUAAAGAUUGGGUUCCUUGUUAUAUUUAUUUUUUUAUUUUAUUUUUACCUCUACUUCUUAAAUUCUGAUAGUACAAAUUUUCACUAGGUUACUUUUCACUUCUUUGUUAUUGCUGAUCAUUUAUGGUCUUCUUGAUUAAACCUGGUAGAUGUGAAAGGGCAGAGCAUAUAGAGCAUGACAGAAGUCCAGCUCUGUAGUGUAUAUAUUGACAGUAUACACGUAGCUUAGUGUAGGUCAUAGGCGGCCUCCUCCAGGGCACCUGAUUUCUACUUGCAAGUAUGACUGAGGAUAUAUUCAGAAACUUUUUUUUUUAAUUUGGAAAUUGACAUAAAACAAUUUACUUGGUUUAAGUGUUAAUCUUCUAUCAAAUGUUCAGGUGUCCGAAGGAGCGGAGUCCCCAUGAAGGCGGAGUUAGAUCCCAUUGUCAACAAUGAUUGGUUCAUUUGAAGGCAAAGCACUUUUAUAAAUUGAAUUAUUGGCUAGUAUGUUAAUCAGUAAUUUUAAUUGUCAUUUGUUAAUUCUUUUUACAUGAUUAACCAACCAUAGCUGACAAUAGAGUUGUUCCACAAAAGUUUUUGGUAAAAUUUCCUUGUCAGUGAGUUUUAUUGCAGCUGCUGGUAUGGUGCUGUUUUCAUCUCACUAAACAGUUUUUGUUUCUUCACCAAGUAAGAUGUUGCUGAGCAGCAAAAUUUUGUAUUGAAGUUUCUCUUGAUAAAUUGACCAUUUACAUUCCUCAGCCACUUCUUACUAGUACUGUGACUGUGUGAGAAUGACUAGGUUAUGAACUCCGACUUGCCGUCACAAAUGGUGAAUUUUAUUGCAUUUGUUAUUUGUAACACUUUCAUAAGUGCAUACAGAUCUCAGUGUAAUUUAGGGGACCAACUUAUCUUUUAUUAUUAUUUAUGUAUUUUAUUUAAAUUAUUUCUCUCAUUUCCUCUCUCCCAUGGUAUCUUUUAACUUUUGUCCCCAUUUCCUGGUCUCAUUUUUUUCUUUGAAAGUGUUCAGGUGCACCUACUAGAUGUGGCAAAAUAAGUAUACUAUCUUGGUGAAGCAAUAAGAUAUGCAGAGUUUAAGUUGAAAAGAAUUAUUCAGCGAAGCUUUAGGAAUACUAUCUUUAAAGCUGAUGCCAAAUUUUACAAUGGUAUAAAGUUAAAGAUGAGGUUGUUUUAAGUAAGGCAAUGAACUCCUUACACAUAGGCUCAAAUGUUAGCAGGUAGUGGUAAAUUUAGACUGAUUUUCGAGUAGGCUAGAUCUAGUUUUGCAGUUACAUAGCAGUUAGGUAUAGUAUGUUUGCAGAAAAGUUAAAUUAGCAGUUUGUGUAGCAGUACAGCAACCUCGUCCUUAACUAAAUUGAUGCUAGACCCAAUUUCGUGGGUAUGUGUAAAAUAAUGAUAAUAUAAGAUCAUAAAGGUGAUGCUCUGUUCACACAGAUGGAAUUCUUGCAGUGAUGGGAAACAAACAAUUUUAAAGACUAUGGUCAGAAAGAUCAGGCAGUGCUUAGAAACCCCCCAGAUGCAGAAGUAAUGCUUUGAAUAAUGUUCUAGUCACAGGACAUGGAAUUUGUAAAUUUUCCACAAUUUUAUUUAUUUAAUAAAAUUUUUUUUUUACUAUGCUACAAUGAUAACUGCUUUCAUGGUGGGUUUUAAGUCUCGAGUUCAGCCUGACCUUAGUUUGUUCCUUUGGGGUCUAGAGUCAAAUGUGGACAUGCACCUGGGCUAGAAGGUUACGUAAAGAUUGGAAAUGGUCUAGAAUAGCUGAUUUGUCUUGAUCUCACUCUUACUUAAAUUAUAAAGCCUGGUAUUCAGGUCUUGACUCAUUCCGUCACACUCCAGUGUUGAGGAAUGGAUUCCUUAUGGCGUAUGUCCUCGUAUGACUGAAGUAAUGAGAAAAAUAAAAAAAGUACUUAUGAAAUGGGAAUGGUUUAAAAUGUAAAGGAUUAUAGCCCUUCUAAUGAAUUUAUGUAAGUAACUCCUAACAAAACAACAAACUCCCCAUUCAAAAAAGUGCCUUAAUUGUAAAAAAUAAAAAAAAAGUAAUCAAGAAUUAUUAGAUCAGAAAGGGAUUUUCACUAUUCAUAUAACUUUAAAUUUUGAGAACUCAGUAAUUUCUACAACCCUUAAUAUGGGUUAUAUAAAAAUGUUAGGUGUGAGAAUUCCUUUACAAAUCUGGUGGCCAAUUUAAUUCUUGCAACAAACCAAGAGCAAAAUACAAGUGAUGGGAGGAAUGGGUGAAAGAGAAAACAAUAUUCCCUGCAGUGUUUCCCCUUUUCUUUUUGAAGCUUUAAGUCUUGAUUCUUCCAAAUAUUGUAGUUUCCAUCCCUUUUAAAAGUUCAAAAGUACAAGUUUGUAAGCUCUUAUUGCCCAGGAUCUCCCUCACAACAUAAGGUGCCAAAUUGUAUAGUGCACAACUACUUAGUAUUAGGUAUUCUCGUUUUUUUUAUUAUUUUUUUUUCUGCAUUUCAUAUGUGAAACUUGUGAAUGUCUGGGACCAAUUUUUGAGGAAAUCUUGUAAGUGCCUAAGUUUUUCCAUAGUUGAUUUUUGGUAGUUUUAAAUAAAAUUGAAAAUCUA